CGGGGACAGGCGGGUGCGAAGUCUCCCGCUCACGGGCAGCCCUGCAGUGUUUUGGUUCUGCCGAGUAGGUGAGAGUGAGUAAUCCGACGACGAGUCGACAUGGCAGUGUUGUUUAGGCGAAGCAGCGCGGUCCUGAGAAGUCUUACUCGUUUUGACUGGAGAUCACAACAUACAAAAGCUGCCCUAAAACAUGAACCACGGUUGGGAUUUAGUUUUGAAUUCACUGAACAACAGAAAGAAUUUCAAGCUACUGCUCGUAAAUUUGCCAGGGAGGAAAUAAUCCCAGUUGCUGCAGAAUAUGAUAAAACUGGCGAGUACCCUGUCCCCCUAAUUAAAAGAGCCUGGGAACUUGGUUUAAUGAAUACACACAUUCCAGAGCAUUGUGGAGGUCUUGGACUUGGAAGUUUUGAUGCCUGUUUAAUUACUGAAGAAUUGGCUUAUGGGUGUACAGGAGUUCAGACUGCUAUUGAAGCAAAUUCUUUGGGGGAAAUGCCUGUUAUUAUUGCUGGAAAUGAUCAACAGCAGAAGAAGUAUUUGGGGAGGAUGACUGAGGAGCCAUUGAUGUGUGCCUACUGUGUAACAGAACCUGGAGCAGGCUCUGAUGUAGCUGGUAUAAAGACCAAAGCAGAAAAAAAAGGAGAUGAGUAUAUUAUUAAUGGUCAGAAGAUGUGGAUAACCAAUGGAGGAAAAGCUAAUUGGUAUGUUGUUUAUAAAAAAAACCCUCUAUAUUACUUCUUAAUUACUUUAUAUUCAGAAUCUCCUCUCUGUCCUUUUCUUUAGUAUGAAACCGCCAUACUUAAGUCUUAUUCAUGGAAGGAAUUAAAUAUGGGCCAGAGAUGUUCAGAUACAAGAGGAAUUGUCUUUGAAGAUGUGAAAGUGCCUAAAGAAAAUGUUUUAAUUGGUGAAGGAGCUGGUUUCAAAAUUGCCAUGGGAGCUUUUGAUAAAACCAGACCUCCAGUAGCAGCUGGUGCUGUGGGACUAGCACAGAGAGCUUUGGAUGAAGCUACCAAGUAUGCCCUGGAGAGGAAAACUUUUGGAAGGCUGCUUGUAGAGCACCAAGGAAUAUCAUUUUUGUUGGCUGAAAUGGCAAUGAAAGUUGAAUUAGCUAGAUUAAGUUACCAGAAAGCAGCUUGGGAGGUUGAUUCUGGUCGCCGAAAUACCUAUUAUGCCUCCAUUGCAAAGGCAUUUGCUGGAGAUAUUGCAAAUCAGUUAGCUAGUGAUGCUGUGCAGAUUUUCGGAGGCAAUGGAUUCAAUACAGACUAUCCUGUAGAAAAACUAAUGAGGGAUGCCAAGAUCUACCAGAUUUAUGAAGGUACAGCACAAAUUCAAAGGCUUAUUAUAGCCCGUGAACACAUUGGCAAGUAUAAAAAUUAACAAGAUUGCUGUAGAGACAUGAUUAAUUGUUGAGGUGAUAGAACAUUAUCCACUGUUGAAGCUGAACAUUACCCAUUUUAAGCAGAAAAGAAUAAGGGCUUUAAGAUUUUUUCCAAUGAAAAUUUUAAAAUAAGUACUCUUACACCAAACAUCUGCAACUAAUUCUAAUAGUUUUCUACCUUUCUUUAACUUUUAUGAUUUGCCUUUCCUCAAAUAGAUUUGGUUUCAUUAAAAUUAUGUGUUGUCCUCAGUACCAUUGUACCUGAAUUAUAUUAACCAAAAAAAUACAUAUGUUUUGUUAUUUUGACCUCUUAAAAUUAAAGUAACAGAAAUCACUUGGAAUUUCAAUAUUUUUCCAAUGACAGAAAAGUGGGCUUAUAGAAAGUAUUCAGGCUGUUCUAAAAUUUACAUUGUGAGAACGUAUUGUAAGAUUCGGAUGCCAUCAAGUAACUUGCCAGUAACUUUGUAAACUUAAUGUAUUAGAGAAGUUCACUUUGCUACAAUUUGGAAAGCAUUUGUUUUCAAUUUUGUACAGUAAUAGUAAAAAAUUUGAUGUUCAUAUUGUCCGAUUUAUACAACAACCAGAAGUUACUUAAAAAUCUUGUUUAAUUCUAAGCCCACAUUUUGCUUGCCUUAUUUAAAAUAAAUGAAUUUUGCCUUGAAUGAUU